GAGAAAUAUAUAAAUUUUAUUUUCUGUUUUAAUUUGCCGAUGCAGCUUUGCAGGUGUGAUUGCCCGCGAAGGUGACGGCAAGGCAAGGCGCCAUUUUGGACGGCGUCUUUGAGUGGUUUUGGGGUGCGUUAAAAUAGCGCUAAAUAUGAGUGUGGAUACUGUCGAAAUUGAUGGUACUUCAAGUCCUGUCGUUGUAGAAGAAAAAGGAGAUGAAAGUCUGCCAAAAUUUUGCUCCAUUUGUACAACCGGCUUUGAUAAAGUUGUGCCAAAAUUGCUCCCAUGUUUACACUCGUUUUGUCAAGCCUGCCUAGAAGAUCGGCUACAAGAUGAUCAAGCGUCAACUUCGACAAUGACACCUAGAGCUUCUACAUCUAGGUUAAAAUGCCCGAAAUGUGGUCAAGAAUUCCUCGUGCCAAGCAGAGGAGUUGCGAGUUUAAUCGAUAACCAGUUCAUCCUCGAAAUUGUCACGAAACCUUGUAGUAGCGAGAGCGAGUCAGAACAACACGUUUGUACUUCGUGCGAAGACAACAGUACAGCCUGUUCGUACUGUCUCAACUGCUCCGAAUGGCUAUGUAGUGCCUGUGUACAAGCUCACCAGCGUGUACGUAUUACCAAGGACCAUGAAAUAAAAUCAGGCGAUGAUUUAAGAGCAAGCGUUAAAAGUCACAGUCGCAACGAACGUUCAUUGUACUGUCAAAAACACCCAAGCGAGAAGCUCAAGCUAUUUUGUAUUAAAUGCGAGCGAUUGACCUGCAGAGAUUGUCAAUUACUUGAACACAAAGAUCAUCAGUACCAGUUUGUCAACGAGGCCGCUGGCAGAUACAGAGAUUUCUUUAAAAAACGUUUAAAAUCUUUGGAGGACAGAAUUAUGCCCCUUGCGGAAUCCAUUGAAGCUGUUCAUAAUUCAUCUACCCAUUUAGACCACAAAUCAGAGAUCGUCGCAAACGAGAUUAGGAACUCCUCAAAUGAGAUAAUUAAAGCUGUGAAACAACGUGAAUUAACUUUACUGAAUGAGCUACAGGCACUUGUACAUUUCAAAAGGAAAAUGUUGAAUAAACAGUCGAAAGAUUUGAAUUUAAUGCAGGAAAUUUUGAAACAUAACUAUGAGUUUACAAAGCAUGCUGUCUACCAAGGUAGUGACACAUCUUUGUUGACAUCUCAGAGACAGCUUGGAUCUAGGAUACAAAAUCUAUUGAGUUUGAAAUAUCGUGUCACACCGGUGGCCCAUAGUGAUUUGAAGUUUGUUACCGAAGCAGUAAAGCUUUGCAAUGCUAUCCUCAAAGCUGGUUCUGUGAUGACACCAUCUAGCCAGAGAUCCAGCCUAAAUGGGGCAAACAUGACACGCAAUCCUAAUAUACCAUCCCAUCAAAAUGGAAGCCAUUCUACGAUGAAAGUGAACCCGCUACAUUCACUAAAUACCUUCACAAACAGGCCUGGAAUUCAGGCAGCAACAGGCAUUAACCCCAAACCAUCAUCGAAAGUUUACCCUAAUGUGAUUACUUCUCAAAUAGCCAUGCCAAUUAGAUCUGGUGGUGUUUGUUCAACCACUUUACCUUAUGCAUCUGUGAGAAAUACUGCUCCAGGUCACAGUAGAUCAAAUGCUAUACCAGUGUCGAUUGCAUCAGCAUCACAACCAUUUCCAUCAAGUCCUCAGAUUCACAGUGUUUCAUCUAGAAGGCUGACCAAUCCAGACGUGCCUGGCGUUCCUUUGCGGCAUGCAGGGAAUUCUGUUGCUGGUGUUCCUAGUUCAUCUCCUCCAAAUUAUGACGCAUCUGUUCGGACCAUGAGGAAGUCUUCAUCGUCUUCUACAUUAGAGUUGACAAGUUCGCAGACGUCAAAUAUUAACAGCAUUUUGACUAAUAUAUCGCGCGAGGUUAGAAGAGACAAUCCAAUAUCAUCAUCGCACAGCACUGAGCAUAAUUCCUCGCUCCUGUCAGCAACUCUCACUCGAAACCAAUCAUCGCCUAGUCCACUUUCACCCAGUCUUCCUAAGCCCUCGCCAAGUCCGUCCCAUUCAUCAAUGAGUCCCUCGCAGUCCUCACCGAGGCCCCUAUUAUCCCCGACGUCCAGCAAUAUACAACCAUCACCCGUACCUUCCCCACUGCCUACGUUCUUAAGUAUGGAUUUUCGCGAGGCGAGUGGCAUUAAAAUUAAAACGGAAAAAGAUCAGUCUCCGCAAGCAUCAUGUACUGCUGUGAAACCAGAACCAGGCCUACACGGUUCGUGUAGUUUUUCAUCAGGUAAAGGGAUUCCUGAUUUGUGUGCCUGUGGUCCACCAUCGAACAACAGUAGUAAUGAAGAUUGGUGUGCUGUAUGUCAUAAUGGUGGUGAACUAUUGUGUUGUGAUACUUGCCCUAAAGUCUUCCAUUUGAACUGUCAUGUACCCUCACUAACAUCUACACCCAGUGAUUCCUGGAGUUGUGGCUUGUGUGAAAGUUUGGAUGGACCAACACGUAAACAUACAGGUGCAAUCAAUGAUUUAAUUUGCCAUCGCUGUAGCAAUCAUGCAGCAAGCAUGGUUGUAUCAUUCAUCGGCACUUUAUUAUCUUUUCAAUUUCAGACAUGCGAAAAAAUGUUGCUGGCUCUAUUUUGCCAUCCUGAUAGCAUUCCAUUCCAAGACAAAGUGAGCAAGGCGGUUCCGAAUUACUACAAAGUGAUUCAGAAACCAAUGGAUCUAAGCUCUAUCAAAGCAAAACUUCAACCGGUGCAUUUUGAACACUACAAAACCGUGAGCGAGUUUAUUGCUGAUUGCCAGCUUGUUUUUUCCAACUGUGCUGUUUUCAAUGAUGCUGAGUCGGAAGUUGGCAAAAUGGGCAAAAGGUUGGCAGCAGAUUUUCAAAAUAUCAUACGACAAUAUGCAGACAGCGAAGAGAACUAUGAACCGGCAAUGAAGAAAAGAAGAGAGGAUAAUAUUUAAAUACACCCGUUUAUUUGGCCAUUUGCGGGAAUGAAAGUUUUACCUCAGCAGAACGUAGCAUCAUGAUUAAGCCUGGUGGUUCUCAUAUAUCACCGACGGUCGGUGAUGGCCAUUGGUAUUGUCGGUGAUCACUGAAGAAAAAACCGCUUUGUUAUUUUGUAUAAAUUUUCUUUGUCACCGGCCACAAACAAUACAUCGCCGACUGUCGGCGACAUAUUAUGAGAAUGAGGCCUAAAGUGCGGUUAACCUUUUUAGCAGUUUCUCACCAGAUUUUUUGCGGUAAAACAUUGAUAUAUAAGGGAACUUUAAGGCCGUUUUCCACUUCAAUCGUAGCGAAACGUAGCGUAUCUCAUUGUUUUAAAGUCAUUAGUUCUGAUCGAAUA